GUGCCCUCUCAACACUCAGUAGACGGACGCAUCCAUGGAGGGCUCGAACAGCAGUCCUCUGCCGUACUAUUUCCAAAACCACAUUUCAACAUGACAUAAGAAGUGAAAACCCGGCUUUUUCAGCCAGAAGCUCAUCGUUUUUACCAAACAGCCCUUGCAGCAUCCUUGCGAUUCCAAUUUACAACUUUUUUUGUCUCCCCUUAACAUUACCCUUGCUUCCCCAAAACCCCUCCCCUGUACUUUUUCAUCCGCUUCCCGGGAGAUAAGUCUAUUCCUUGAGACAUAGAGGAGGUUGCUCGUUUUGUUUUUAUUUUCUGACUUCGGAGAUCCGCAUGGAUGUGGCAGCGGAACAGGGGAUGUCUCUGCCGGGUAUCCGACUCCGGAAUCGACCGGAGCAAGUGAUGCCGAACCAGAAGAAGGUGAAAGCGAGGCGGAAAAGACGAAAGGAGUUGGUUUUGAUCCAGAUCUGCUUGUUCGGCGGCUUGCUUCUGGUCGUGAAGGGGUUUUCCUACUUAGCGGAAAAUUCAGGUUUCGACAUCUCCAGCCGCAGUAGCGAGGAGCAAGAGAGAUGGGGGGGAAGGAGGCUACUGCAGGAAACGGACAACAGCAGCCUGGAGGAAAUGGGGAGCGAAGGAUCUAAGAACUGCACUGCUCCAGCUCUACAUGAAUUCCCUACUGAUCUGUUCACGCACAAGGAGAGAACAGAGGGAGCUGUGGCCCUGCAUGUCCUGUGUACUAUCUACAUGUUCUGUGCCCUGGCGCUUGUCUGUGAUGACUACUUUGUCCCCUCCUUGGAGAAGCUGUGUGAGCGUCUCAAUCUCAGCGAGGACGUAGCAGGUGCCACCUUCAUGGCUGCUGGCAGCUCAGCCCCUGAACUCUUCACAUCCAUUAUAGGGGUGUUCAUCACCAAAGGUGACGUGGGUGUGGGCACCAUCGUGGGUUCAGCUGUCUUCAACAUCCUCUGUAUCAUCGGUGUGUGUGGCUUCUUCGCUGGCCAGGCAGUGAAGCUCUCUCACUGGGCUCUACUCCGAGAUUCAACGUAUUACACUUUUGCUAUCACGGCACUCAUUGCGUUCAUCUAUGAUGAGAAGGUUUGCUGGUGGGAGUCUCUCGUCCUGAUACUCAUGUAUGCUGUCUACAUCCUCAUAAUGAAGUUUAACGGCAGGGCUCAGCGUUACUUUGACCGUCGAAAGAAGAACUCUUUGAAUCUGGCCAAUGGGCUGACAGGAAGCACUGAUCUGGAGGACAACGUCACGUGUGAUGCUACUGCAGUACUGCUCAAGAAAGCUAAUUUCCACUGCAAGCCCUCAGUGCUGAUGGUGGAUGAGCUGCUGUCUGCGUAUCCCCACCAGCUGACUUUCUCUGAGGCCGGCAUGAGGAUCAUGAUCACCAGUCAUUUCUCCCCCAGAACCCGCCUCACCAUGGCAUCCCGCAUGCUCAUCAAUGAGAGACAAAGACUGAUCAAUACCACCGAAACUCGAGUCAAUCGCAUCACAAACGGUGACUCUGACUCAGCAGCCAGGACUCAGGCGAGGCGGAGCUUAGAGAACGGGAUGGGUGCUGCUGAUCAGGGUCUGAAUGGGCGCUGCAGGCUUCAGCGGCUGGAGUCCGGGAACGAGACAGAGAAUGAAAAUGAGGAUAACGAGAACAAUGAAAAUGAUGGGGAGGGAGAGAAAGAUGAUGACAAAGAUGGCCCCGUAGUACCCUUUAAAAUUCCAGCUGGAGCGUGUAACAAGCUGAAGUGGGUAGUCAUGUGGCCGCUGUCCCUGCUUUUGUUCUUCACUGUGCCCAACUGUGCCAAGCGGCGCUGGGAGAAAUGGUUCAUGGUCUCCUUUUUCACUGCCACCAUCUGGAUCGCUGGCCUCUCCUACAUCAUGGUCUGGAUGGUGACUGUGAUCGGCUUCACUCUGGGAAUUCCUGACGUCAUCAUGGGCAUCACCUUCUUAGCAGCAGGCACUAGCGUCCCAGACUGCAUGGCCAGUGUUAUCGUCGCUCGACAAGGUCUGGGAGACAUGGCCAUCUCCAACUCCAUAGGCAGUAAUGUGUUUGACAUCCUGGUGGGCCUGGGUCUGCCUUGGACCCUGCAAACACUCUGCAUCGACUACGGCUCCAUCGUCUAUCUUAACAGCAGAGGACUCAUAUUCUCUGUGGGACUCCUGCUUGCUUCAGUAUUCUUCACAGUCUUGGGUGUCCAUUUGAACAAAUGGACUCUGGACUGGAAGCUGGGUUUGGCCUGCCUCAUCCUGUACGCCAUCUUUCUCUGCUUCUCUAUCCUCAUCGAGUUCAAUGUCUUCAUCUUCGUCAACCUUCCCAUGUGCAGAGACAUCCACUGACCUCCCUCCUCCUCCUCCUCCUCUUCUGCUCCUUCUUCCUUCUCUGGUGAAUGGAGGAAACCUCACCUGGCUUCCAGUUUCCUCAGCGCCUCAGAACCAAGUCCUACCUUUUAUUUUUUCAGAUAGAAAAAUAGAGCUCUAUAUGAUUUAUCUUUGGUGCAAUACAAAGGAAAGAGAAGACAGCGGAAGGUUUUUGGUGACAAGAGAGGAGGCGUUUAGGGAAGGUCCAAGCAGAUGAGGUUGCUGCAAAUCAUGCAAUGAACUGAAAGGUUUGCCAGGGGUGAACUUAACUGUAUACACACCAACAGCAAGGCGACUGUUGGUGAGGAAGCUGCUACUGUAACUGACUGACUGGCGGGGGAAGAAAAGAGAGAAGUCCUGCGCUCACAGCGAUUUUCAGCUGGAUUGUUUGUUACUCUUUGUACAAGUUUGGAUAUAAGCACAUGAUUAAGGUAUUUUUAAGUAAAAACUGGCUUUCUCUGUAUAUAUUUGUGGAUUAUAUAAUAACUUAUAUUAGCUGAUAUGUGGGAUUCUCUUAUGCACAACUGGAUCAGUCUUGCAAAGCUGAAUGAUCCAAUAACUUUAGUGCUUGGUCAGUAACACACAUACAAAACCUGCUUUAACUUGUCUCCCAUGCUGAGUUCUUGCCAACAUAGCAUGCCGUACUAGCAACAAGUCAACUCUAGCUUUGCACUGACAGAGAUAGAUAUUUAACAUUAGCCACAUAGAGUCUAUUCUUGUUUGUUUUUCUGCUUGUCUUCAGACAUAUCCAAGUAGAAGUGGGCUUUACUUUUCUUCAGUAAAACCCACAUAGGAAAGGGAUUUUCCUGGACCUGACACCCAGCACUGUCACUUUAUUGUUUAGAGAUAUUAUUCUAUCAUUGCAAAGCCUGCACAGGUACUCUACACAUGUGACUACUGAAUUUAAGUUCCCUCCGUAGGCGGUAGAAGUCUUGUACAUUAUUAAAGUAGUUUUAUCAGUUUCUGAGUCGAGGAUAACAAUGUUACUUCUUAAAGCCAAAAGUAUUUUUAGAGUAGGAGUAAGAUAUAUGUUUAGAGUCAGCUCGAGCGCACAGUAUGUGUGUGAAUGGAUGUGAAUAUAUGCAUGUAUGUGUGUGUCACAGUCUCGAGGGGAACCAAGGAAUCCACUGUUACUGAGAAGACAUAAUCAUGAUUUAUUUAUGAAUUAAUUUAUUCAAAGAUCAUGUCUAACCUCCAGUUUCAGCCCUUUGGAUCAUGUACAGUGUAUUCUAAAAGGAACGCUCUCUGACGACGGAGCUGUACAAAGUACUGUACCUAAUAUAUAAUCCAAGUACUGGAAACUGACUUGAUGUUGUUUAUAUUUAAGAAUAGAACUUUAUAAUUUAUAAGUUUUGUAUAGUUUGAAAAGAUAUUGCAACAUUUGUAUAUUGGUACAAAACACAGCAAAAAAACAGCUGACAAUGAAGUACGACUGCACAGGGUUGCUUUGCCGUGAAGAUGUUGUGAUUUCUCUUUUUUUCUUUUGGUCAGAUGGACUGAAAAUGCAAUCUUUGUCACUGGUCCUAACACACAUGGGGGAAAACAAUGUUGCUUAUCCCCUCGCAUGUUGAAUUAGUGAUGAAUUCUGGAUGUAAAAGAUUCACUUUCAGAUAAAAAAAAAAACAGGUGUAGAACGUGCAUUCUGAUGGCACUCCACCCUCUGAACUUUUACAAAUUGUUGUUUCUUAAACACAGUGCUUGAAAUCUUGUGCCAUCCCUUGUAUUAGAGGCUUCAAACGCAAUGCUUGUGGCCAUCUUCCUGCUUGUAUUUGAGCCAAAAAACACCUUUGUCAACAGUAUUGCCACUCUGUUUCAGCAUGUGUUCAAACAAAAUGUGGAAGAUAUGUAUUUUCAUUUUACAAUAUUUUUAUCUUGAAGGAAAAAUCUCAUGUUUUAAGGGUUGCUUGUUUAUUCAAUGCAUCCUCUGUCUGUUGGUUGUGACUCCUCCUGCAGCCACAUGGGGGUGCUAUAGAGCUUUGUUAAAGCUUCAGAGAUGUUUGGAUAUAUUUUCAGGUAGGCUCCAUAGGGAAAAAUACUGGUUGUUUUGCAUGCCUCUUUCAUAAUUCAGAUUACUUUGUGUGUAAUUUUAAUGAACUUCCAAGAUGGAAAAGGCACUGUCUUGAUCAUGCUGUACAUAUCAGAGGGAUAUGCUAUAAUAAACACAGAUGUUGGAUAACUUCUGAUUGAUGAGCAGUUAUAUCUGAGAUGUCUACAGUAUUUAGAAUGUAGGCCUACAACAGUUAGUUUUCAGCUAAUUAAUGUCGUUUUAUGCUCAUGUCUUUUGAAUUGUUUGUAAAUCCUCAUUUUUGUUGAUGAUGACCUCUGGGCAGAGCUGUGUGCCUUGUUCCCAGUGGUCUUCUUGCAAUAAACUGAUUUACAUACACAAA